AGUAACCGCUUCACCGAAUCUAUAAUUAGGUCGCAAAAUGGCAGACAAUUGUUUAGCGGAAUACGUUGUAAUCAAAUUGAACGGGUUUUACUAGUGUUAAUGGUGGGUAAUUGAUACAAAAAGGAUAUAUAUGUGAGGUUUACGGAUUCGGUAUGUAUCGAAACAGUUGCCACAUUAUUUCUGUAUCGAUAACAUACUUUUCUCGUCGACCUUGUUUUCAACAACAAUAAGCAUGUACACAAUUGGAAAAACCCGGAAGUAAACGCAGACGAUAAUCAUGGCUGAGAUGGCAAAGCAGAGAUCGCCUAAUUUUUCUAUGCAAGAAAACUCUCUCCUUUCUCAGCUUAUGGGCGAGGAAUAUAAAGACACGGGCCUUUCGCGUCACAAGUACAAUAUCCAUAGGUUUACCAGCAAGAUUUCCAGGGUAACCAAGAAUGAGAUGUGGGCUGAAAUUGCAGAAAUGUUCUCUGCAAAUACCACUGGUCCACAUCGCACAGCAGACCAGCUUGAAAAAAAAUGGGAAAACAAUGUCUCCAAGCACAGGGGGAUAUAUAAUGAUCACCAGCGCCUGCUAAGUUUGACUGGAAGUGCUCCCUUCCAGUCAAAAUAUGAUAUUAUAACUGAGUCCGUCAUGGCAGUUGUUGGAAAGGAGAGUGCGGCUGUGCAAGGCGUUGCCCCAUUCACCCUGGAUACAACCUUUAUCCAGUUGACAGACACAAGGUAA